UUAGCCAGGAGGGGCUGGGUUUCAGGUUCACCUUGACUCCUGAAGCCACAGCGGAGCAGGUACCGCUCCUGCACCUGUUUCUCCGCACCUGCUGCACGGCUGCUCCUACCCAGCUCUCCCAGACUGAACCUUGCCUGGCGCGGCAGUCCGGAGGCACUCCCACCUCCCCCAGUCUCCCGGGGCGCAGCUCCUGCACUCAGCUCCUUCUCUAGAAAGCUCUCGCCUCCAGCCUCCCAGCAGUCGGGCUCACAGGAAGCCCCACCCUCAGGUCUGGGAACGCCAUGACCGAAGUUGGUUGGUGGAAGCUGACCUUCCUGCGGAAAAAGAAAUCCACUCCCAAAGUACUGUAUGAGAUCCCUGACACCUACACCCAGAGUGAGGGUGGUGCGGAGCCCCCAAGGCCUGAGAGUGGGAGCCCCAGCAGCAACUUUAACACCCGCCUGGAGAAGAUUGUGGACAAGAACACCAAGGGCAAGCACGUCAAAGUCUCCAACUCAGGCCGCUUCAAGGAGAAGAAAAAGGUCCGAGCCUCAUUAGCAGAGAACCCCAACCUCUUUGAUGACAGGGAGGGCAAAGGACAGUGAAGGGGGCUGAGGAGGACGCUACCACCUGCCCGCUCCCUGCCAUCAGCUGGGUCUGAGACAGGAGCUCACCACGGUGGCCUCUCUGGCCACAGCUGAAGCCGUGGGGGGACUUGAUGCCUGCUGGCAGGAAAUGUCUGGUUUUAGGUUUGUAUUUAUGUGCUCUGGCUUUCUGGAAGGCCUGAGAGAUCCCAGGUCCUCCUGCCCUCCCCCACCACAUACAAAGGCACUUCAGUUCAAGGUUGAAAAGUCCCACUUGGGAAGGACAGCCCUCCUGGAGUCACUGGCAGCAGCAGCAGGGAGGUGGGCGUGGAAGGAAUGGAGCAAGGGAUCCGGACAGACCUCACCCCCUGCUGGGGCACAGGGUCAAGGGUGAGUUUAAAUGACUGCUCCCUCUACUUUCUCUACCUGUGAUUAUUCUCUGGAUCAAUUCUGAGUGCAUUUUCCAGAAGCCACGUGAUGGGGGUGGUUUCCUGGAGCAGAGGUGGAGAUGAUGAACUUGAGCUCACCUCCUAAGUCAAGUGGGAAACUUCCUGGAACUUUGCCCCCAGGUGUGUGCGGGGAGGGGACACUGGCACUCCCUAGGAGGUGCUGCAGAAGGCCGGACCAGGGACCCCACAAGUUCUGCAUGCACCCUCAAAGGGAAAGUACACUGCCCCUCGGGUUCAAACCUGGAAAGAGGGUGGGAAGUUCUGGCAGGAGCCCUCCUACUCCUACUGGUAUUUAAGAUGGAUCAGCCCCAGAGAUGAGUCCUGGAGCCUUGAAUUUUCUUUAAAAGAAAAAAAAUUGUAGGUUUCUUUUUGUAAUAAACAAUGCUGCAAAAGCAGAGAAUCUA